CAAAAUAAUACAAUGAACAAGCACCGUAUAAUGCAUUGGGUUCGUUUCUUCCGCGUGGACCUACGUAACGUUAGAUUCCUUCAAUAACGAGUCAUUAAAAACAAUUAAUAUUAUCUCCCAAUCACAAAAUUUCUAAGCACCAACAACACCAUUUAUAUUCAACAACUCGUUUUCUUUCUUUCUUCGAUUCUUUGCAAAUUCCUUGCAAAUUCAAAAGGAGGAUCUCUCUUGCGUUUUCUCCUGGUUUUUGCUAUGGCUUCAAAGCGGAUCUUGAAAGAACUCAAGGAUUUGCAGAAGGAUCCUCCAACUUCAUGCAGUGCUGGCCCGGUUGCUGAAGAUAUGUUCCAUUGGCAAGCAACAAUUAUGGGUCCUGCAGACAGUCCAUAUGCUGGAGGUGUUUUCCUAGUUACUAUUCAUUUCCCUCCCGAUUAUCCCUUUAAGCCACCCAAGGUUGCGUUCAGGACGAAGGUAUUUCACCCGAACAUUAAUAGCAAUGGAAGCAUUUGCCUUGAUAUAUUGAAGGAGCAGUGGAGCCCUGCUCUUACCAUUUCCAAGGUGUUACUCUCUAUUUGUUCCUUGUUGACGGAUCCAAAUCCCGAUGAUCCUUUGGUUCCUGAAAUUGCCCACAUGUACAAGACAGAUAGGAACAAAUAUGAGUCAACUGCAAGAAGCUGGACCCAGAAAUAUGCCAUGGGCUAAUAUGGUAUGUGUGAGGGAGAGCCACUUUUACUUAAAGUGUCUUGGCCUAACAGCCUUUGUACGAAAAAUUGUCGUCUUCAAUAUUUCAAUUAAGGCCCUUGGAGUUGAGAAUGAAUUUGGGGAACCAUUUCUUAUGUUUGUAUUGCAAAAUGCAAAAGCUACUUUUUGCACAAUGAAAUGUAGCCUAAUUUAAAGUUUGUUCAAUGUGUUAACCAAUGUAUUAACAGUACCAUGAUGCACCUAGAUAUUGUUUGGCUUGUUUACUAUCAUCUUAUAUUUGGUUUUUGAUUGAUAA